CAACGACGAAAGCUCGACCCACAACAAGAGCGUGAGCCUUGUACCUAUAUAGAAGAGCUUACUAAGCAUCAUCUGCCACCUACAAGGCAAAUGAUACAAAAUUUUGCUGCAGAAAUAGCUCACAAGAGCAUUAGCGAUACCUGGGUCUAA